UGUAAAGUAAAUAGUAAAGUAAAUAAUUUUAAUGAAAUAAAAUGCGGUAUAAUUUGUUUGCCAGUGCCAUAAAAUUGCUAAAUAGCUCGAAAAACCACAACUUAUUGGUGGUAAACGUGCGCAGCCUGACGGGCGCCGCCCAGACCAAUGAUGCAGUGGCUCCAACCGCACGACCACCGCCCGCGGAGUCCGGUAAUCCCGGAGAGGAACAGCGAUCGCUGCAUAUCGCCGUAAUUGGAGUGCCCAAUGUGGGCAAGAGCACGUUCAUUAACAACACGGUCAACCACCGCGUGUGUCCCACCUCGGCCAAGGUGCACACCACCCGCCAGUCGAGCACGGCCAUCUGCACCACCGGCCAGACGCAGUUGGUCUUCUACGACACGCCCGGCUUGGUCACCCAGCACGAGAUUCGGCGGCAUCACCUGGACCAGAGCUUCAAGAGCGCCUAUCGCCAUGCCAUUCAGCAUGCCGACAUCAUUGCCGUGGUCCACGAUGCCUCGAAUGGCUGGACGCGGAAGGAACUGCAUCCCACUGUGCUGGACACUCUAAAAGCCUAUAGCAACCUGCCCAGCUUUUUGGUGCUCAACAAGAUAGACGCCCUCAAGUCGAAGCGCCUGCUGCUGGAUCUGAUCAAGACGCUCACCAACGACACACUUACUGCGGGCAAGCGAGGAGGAGCAGCAGGCCAGGAUGUCCAAACCAAGGAGCUAAGGCUCAACAAGAGGGAGACGAGUUGGAGCCACUUUAGCGAUGUGUUCCUUGUGUCCGCCCUGACGGGCAAUGGCCUGCCGGAGCUGCAGAACUACCUGUUAAGCCAGGCCAAGCCGAGGGUUUGGAAAUACCCAGCCGACAUCCGCACGGACACGACUCCCGAAGCUCAGAUUGUGGAGAGCGUGCGGGCCCGCCUGCUGGACUACUUGCCGCAGGAGAUUCCCUACAACCUCAAGUGCGAGCUGGAGUACUACAGUGUGGAGAAACAUGUGAUCUACACCUCUGUUCAAGUUCAGUGCCCCACCACGCGAAUCGAGCGUCUAAUCUGCGGCGAGGCCAAUGGAAAGCUGCGGCAGAUCACGGAGAGGGUCACCUCGGACCUGGUGGAGAUGUUCGGCCAGGCGGUGUCCCUUACCAUAUCCACCGUUUCCAAGGGCAAGAAGAGCGCCUCAUAA